AUGGAUGAGUUGUUUGACGUAUUUGAGGACAAGGGCCCGUCCGCAAUUCCUGUAGUCAAUGGCGCCGGUGCCACUCAGAAUGGAAAGAAGAACCUGAAGCGGAAAGCAGAUGGCCACCUGAAGCCUACAGGCGACGACGAUAAAGAUUCAGACAGCGAAGCACCCUCCUCGCCUGCCUCUUCGGCAUCUGUCGUAGGAUCCGAUGAUGAUGGCAGCAACCACAAACGUCCGCGCCUCAACGACGAGCCGGAGCCCGUCGUUACCGAUACGUUCGAGACCGAGCAGUCAAGAGAAGUUGCCGCAGGCGGCCUAUCCGGUGACCAAGAAUCGGACCGUGUUGUCUUAUCGCAUCAAGUCCGCCAUCAAGUCUCCCUGCCGCCCGACUACCCGUACACUCCCAUCUCACAGCACAAGCCGCCAGAGAACCCCGCAAAGACCUACGACUUUCAGCUAGAUCCCUUUCAGCAAGUCUCGAUCUACUCCAUCCAACGAAACGAGAGUGUUCUCGUGUCUGCGCAUACGUCUGCCGGCAAAACUGUUGUUGCUGAGUAUGCCAUUGCCCAGUGCGUCAAGAACAACCAGCGCGUCAUCUAUACCAGCCCCAUUAAGGCUCUGAGCAACCAGAAGUACCGAGAAUUUGCGGCCGAGUUUGGAGAUGUCGGCUUAAUGACGGGCGAUGUCACCAUCAACCCUACCGCCACCUGUUUAGUGAUGACUACCGAGAUUCUGCGAUCCAUGCUCUACCGUGGCUCCGAGAUUAUGCGUGAAGUCGGCUGGGUUAUAUUCGAUGAGAUUCACUACCUACGCGACAAGAUGCGAGGCGUCGUGUGGGAGGAGACCAUCAUCCUUCUUCCAGACAAAGUCAGAUAUGUUUUCCUCUCCGCCACCAUUCCCAACGCUAUGCAGUUCGCAGAAUGGAUCACCAAGAUCCACAACCAGCCCUGUCACGUUGUCUACACCGACUUCAGGCCCACUCCUCUUCAGCACUACUUUUUCCCGACUGGCUCAGAUGGUAUCAACCUCAUCGUCGACGAGAAGGGCGUCUUCAGGGAAGAGAAUUUUCAAAAGUGUAUGAGUGCCAUUGCUGAGAAAGAAGGCGACGAUCCUGCGAACGCCAUGGCGAAGCGAAAGGGCAGAGGCAAAGAUAAGAGGUUCAACAAAGGUGGUGCCAAUAAGGGACCAUCGGACAUUUACAAGAUCGUUCGUAUGAUCAUCACCAAGAACUACAACCCUGUCAUUGUCUUUAGCUUUAGCAAGCGGGACUGUGAAGCCUACGCCCUUCAGAUGGCGGCCAUGGUCUUCAAUGAUGACAGCGAGAAAGCCAUGGUCCGGAAGGUCUUUGACAGUGCCCUGGAAACCCUGUCUCCCGAGGACAAGGAUCUACCACAGAUUCAGCACUUGCUGCCUCUGCUACAACGAGGCAUCGGCAUCCACCACUCCGGCCUGCUCCCCAUCCUAAAGGAGACCAUCGAGAUUCUCUUCCAAGAAGGUCUGAUCAAGGUCCUCUUUGCAACCGAGACGUUUUCUAUCGGUCUCAACAUGCCUGCCAAAACCGUCGUCUUCACGAAUGUUCGCAAAUUUGAUGGCUAUUCACAACGAUGGCUUACGGCUUCCGAGUUUAUCCAGAUGUCAGGUCGGGCCGGCAGAAGAGGUCUGGAUGAUCGCGGCAUUGUCAUCAUGAUGGUUGAUCAGCAGCUGGAACCCGAUGUUGCCAAGAGCAUCGUUCGAGGAGAGCAAGACAAGCUUAACUCGGCCUUUUAUCUCGGCUACAACAUGGUCCUGAACCUUCUGCGAGUAGAAGGCAUCUCUCCGGAGUUUAUGCUAGAGCGAUGCUUCCACCAAUUCCAGAAUCUAGCAAGCGUGUCGGAUCUGGAAAAGGAGCUGCGAAAACUCGAGAACCAGAAACAAGCCAUGGUGAUUGAGGAUGAAUCCACCAUUAAAUCAUAUUACGACUUGCGCAAACAGCUCGAUGCCUACGGGGAAGAUAUGAGAAACAUCAUCAUCCAUCCAAACUUCUGCCUUCCGUUCAUGCAACCCGGGCGUCUGGUACACGUCAAAGAUGGAGAUCACGAUUUUGGUUGGGGAGCUGUCAUCAACUUCCUCCGACGUGAGCCUGAUCGGAACAGUCGAGAGCCAUUAGCGCCUCAAGAAUCCUGGACCCUUGAUGUGGCUCUCGAAUGUGCUGAUCAAGGAUUCGCCUCUGGCACGAAUGCGUUCAAUUCUCUACCACCAGGCAUUCGACCCGCAGAGCCUGGCAACAAGUCCAAGGUCGAAGUCGUUCCCGUGCUUCUCAAGUGUGUCUACGGCAUCUCCACCUUCAGGAUCUUUCCUCCGAAAGAUGUUACCUCGUCAUCGGAUCGCACCAAGAUACAGCGAGCGCUCGCAGAGGUCCAAAAGCGCUUUCCCGAUGGGAUCCCGAAGCUUGACCCCGUUGAACAAAUGAACAUCGCCGAUGCAUCGUUCAAAGAGCUUAUUCGCAAGAUUGAGGUGAUGGAGUCCAGGCUGGUCGCGAGCCCGUUGCACAACUCGCCUCGAUUGGAGCGGCUGUGGAAUGAAUACGCCGAGAAGGUUGGCGUCAAUGACAAGAUUCGUGAGCACAAGAAGAAGAUACAGGACGCGCACGCGAUUCUUCAGCUCGAGGAACUGAAGUGCCGCAAACGUGUGCUUCGGCGGCUGCAGUUCAUCAAUGAAGACGAAGUCGUCCAGCUCAAGGCACGGGUCGCCUGCGAGAUCAGCACUGGUGAUGAGCUUAUGUUGAGUGAACUACUCUUCGACCGUUUCUUCAAUGACAUGUCUCCUGAAGAGUGUGCAGCUGUCAUCAGUUGCUUCGUCUUUGAAGAGAAGGUCAACGAGGCGCCGGUCCUGCCGGAUGAGCUUGCUCGACCCCUACGCGAAAUACAGAAACAGGCCAGGAAAAUUGCCAAAGUGUCUGUCGAGUCCAAAUUGCCUGUCAACGAGGAGGAGUACGUACAAGGGUUUAAAUGGCAGCUCAUGCCAAUCAUCUAUGCCUGGGCCCAGGGUAAAUCGUUUGGCGAGAUCUGCAAAAUGACCGAUGUGUACGAGGGCAGCCUCAUUCGCACCUUCCGCCGCCUCGAGGAGCUGCUUCGUCAGAUGGCGGAAGCGUCAAAGGCGAUGGGAAGCGAAGAGCUGGAAAAGAAGUUCACCGAAGCACUCGGCAAGGUAAGAAGAGACAUCGUGGCUGCGCAGUCACUUUAUCUCUGA